AUGGGUUCAACCGAGAUCGACAAUCACCCCUUCGAAGGCAUCGUCGAAGGACAGCUCGAGACUGGAAGUAUCUUACAGGACCUCUUUGUUAAAGAUCCGCACCCCGACAAGGUCAACCUCCUGCGCGGGGCCUACCAGGCCGACGUCGGAACGCCUUUCGUCCCGCCAUCUACAAUUCUGGCUCGAGAGAAACUUUUUCGGGAUUCCAGUUGGCACCAUGACUACCUCUUCUUUCUCGGUGCCCAGGGCCUCCUGAAGGCUGGCGAGGAGCUAUUCUUCGGACCGCAGAGCUCUGCUAUAACAUCGCAGCUGGUCGCCUCCAUGCAAGCGGUCGGAGCAACGGGUGCAAUUCAUAUGGGCGGCCGCUUUCUCAAGGACCAUUACCCUGCUUGGAAAGGCAGCGACCACAAGAUAUACUUGUCCAAGGAUACCUGGGUCAAUCACCGCAACGUCUUCAGAACACUAGACAUCCAGCCCAUCGAACUCCCAUACUACGACCCCUCCACCAAAUCUUUGAAUUGGACCGCCUUCAAAGACUCUAUUGCAUCCCUCCCUACACAAUCUGUCGUUCUUCUUCAGACGGCUGCCCACAAUCCAACGGGCUGUGACCCCACCCCAGAGCAAUGGAAAGAGCUCAUCCAGAUCUUCCUAGCCCGUCGCCACUUUGCCUUCCUCGACGCUGCCUAUUUGGGUCUUGUGUCCGGAGACCCCGACGUUGAUGCAAAUACUAUCCGGCUGUUUGAAGCCGCCGGCGUCCCUCUUCUACUGGCUGGCACGUUCGGGAAAUCCUUCGGGCUGUACGGCGAGCGGGUAGGAAUGCUGAGCGUUAUUGCGCCGAGUCCCGAGAUCAAGGCCAGGAUGCAAAAACAGAUGACCUUGUUAGCGCGCUCAGAGACGGGGUCCAGUCCGGCUUUUGGAGCCAGAAUUGUGGAAACGGUUUGGGGGGAUGAGGCUAUCAAGAAGGUGUGGAUAAAGGAUGUUAAGGGGAUUGCGGAUGAGUUGAGGCGGCGUCGACAGACGCUCAAAGACGAGCUGGCGCGGUUGGGGACUCCUGGGAAAUGGGACUUCCUUACGCAGCAGGUCGGCAUGUUUUCCUACCUGGACUUUACGCCGACGCAGCUUGAAUUUUUGCGAACGGAGAACCACCUCUAUCUCGAUGGGAAUACUCGACUGUCCUUUGCGGCGAUCAACAACGACGGGAUCACGCUGGUGGCCCGUGGCAUUGACAACAUGAUUAGGAACAAAGUGGAAUAG